UGUGUUGCGCUGCCUGUGUUGUGUUGUGUUGUGUUGUGUCGUGCAGGGCUGGAGGAGCAGCAGCAGCGCUGACAUGGUGAGCGGACCGGUGCGGGAAACACGCCACCACACCUCUCACCGGUCUGCGUUCGACUUUUAACAAGCAGCACUUUGAUCAACAGGCUCCUUUCUAGCAGCUGCGAGCAACAAGUGGUUCAUCAAAAUGGUCCGGAUGCUUCAACACACCUUCUCGCUGCUGCUAACUGUGCAUGUCAUCUAUUCAGCUCUGAUUCAUGUGAGAGCCGAGGAGGAGACCAGAGAAUGCAGAGAGCAGGAGUACAAGGACCGCUUUGGGAACUGUAAACCCUGCAAACAGUGUGAUGCAGGACAGGAGCUUUCAAAGGAAUGUGGCUUUGGUUAUGGAGAGGAUGCCCGGUGCGUGCCCUGCCGGAGCAGUCGCUUCAAAGAGGACCGGAGCCUGCAGAAGUGCAAGCCCUGCCUGGACUGUGGACUCAUCAAUCGCUUCCAGAAGGGCAACUGCUCCACCACCAGCAACGCCGUGUGUGGUGACUGUCUGCCGGGAUUUUACAGGAAGACAAAAUUAAGCGGUUUCCAAGACAUGGAGUGUAUACCUUGUGGGGACCCUCCACCUUCCUAUGAGCCCAACUGCAGUGGGCGUGUGAACCUGGUGCCGCUGCCCUCCGUAGUGACCAGUCCGCGGGACAUGGCCCUGGCGGCUGUCAUCUGCAGCGCUCUCGCCACAGUCCUGCUGGCCCUGCUCGUCCUGUGUGUCAUCUACUGCAAGAGACAGCUGCUGGAGAAGAAGCCCAGUGCAGCCUCUCUGAGGUCUCAGGACUGCCCCUACAGCGGGGCCGAGCUCUCCUGCCUGGACGCCCGCUGGCUCCACGACUUCCCCCAGAGACCCUGCUGCCAGUGUCACCUGGGCCCCGGACACACCUGUGGUCCAGUCCACCUGAUCCCAUCUCUGUGCUGUGAUGAGAGCUGCAGUCUGGGCCGCAGCCAGGACAUCAGCCCCUUCCAGUCCCAGAUGAGUCUCAGUGAAGGAAACGCAAACCUGAAAGAGGAGGGAACACCAAUGCAGCUGGAGGGACAUCCAGAGUCCGUCUACGAGGGGGCUGGUGGGAUGAGAGGAAGCUCAGAGGCUGCAGAGUAUUUUAGGCGCUCUCAGUGCAAUGCUGAACCUGCGGAACGACUGGAAGUGGAGGGAGAAGAGGAGGUUGAGGAGGAUGAAGGGUGCAGGUCAAAAGAGAACUCACCUGAGAAGAGCCAGCAGAACUGCAGUGAAACUGUGACAGAUGCACUUCUUCCCAAACAGCACGCACUGACUCAGGAAGGAUGACAUGGAUUUCUUUGGCUUGUGUUCCACCCUUGAACCACCCUGGACUCAACAACAGAUCCCGUUUCAGAUUACUCACUAGUUCCCCCACACACACACACACACACACACACAAACCAACAGCAGCCACUCACAAGUGUGGUCGGCUGCCUCUUUGAAAUGCCUGCCGCUGACCUCAGAGCCCUUCGUCAGAUGGUCCAAACAGAAUAUGUACAUACAUGCAAACAGAAGCACUACUGAGGCAAAGGAACACACACACACACACACACACACACAGAAUGUGAACUCGUUGGCCCAGAAGGUAAAAAUCAUAUGAAGUUCAAAUGUCGAGGAGUACUGACUUAUUACUGUGGAGCAAAGUGAAUCAAAGUGAGCCUCUGCUCUUCCUCGAGAAUGUCUCGCAUCUUCACAUGUAGGAGAACAUAAACUGUACCACUCAUCUAGCAGCUGGUGUUAUGAAGCUUUUGUGUGUAAAGGUGACAGUUGUAAAGUUUGAAGUGUGAAGAAAAGUGUCAAAAGUGUUACGUUGCACAUUGAAGACAAUCUUGAUAAUAUGGAACAAGUUAAGACGAAGAAUGUCAAAGUGAUAAAUGUGUUGUAGAUACUGUAAAAUAGUAAAUAGGUCAAUAUUUUUGUAACAUAGACAUGAGUGACGUCAUGUCUGCUUUUCUCCCCCAGUUAUAGUGUUGACGGUUGUGAAUGGUCACUUCCAUGUAUCAUUGUUGUAAAUAAACCACUUGAACAAG